AUGCCAGACUCAAAAGAAGCCCUCCUCUCCGACGUGGACAUGAACGACCAAACCCAAGACCCGCCCCCAGCUUACGACCAACCCAAACCAAACCGACUCCCCCGCCCACCACCAUUAAACCUCCCAGUCCUCAACAACCUCCGCAACAGACGCGUAAUCCUAGCAUCUCAAUCACCCCGCCGCCGACAAAUCAUCUCCUUCCUAGGCCUCCCAAACCUAGAAAUCAUCCCCUCAAAUGCAGACGAAGACCUACCCAAAAGCCUCGGACCAUUCGAAUACGUCCUAGCAACCGCAACCAAAAAAGCACAAGCGGUCUACGCCCAGGAGAUCAACAAUGAGGCAGCCGGUGAACCAGCCCUCAUCAUCGCAGCCGACACAGUAGUCGUCGAUCCAUCCACAGGCUCCAUCCUCGAAAAACCCCGCUCAGAAGCCCACCACAUGACAAUGCUCCGCUCCCUCCGCGACGUGCGCAAUCACAAAGUCUUCACGGCUCUCGUGGCUAUGGCACCACUUGCUUCGGCGCGAGAUCCGGGCUACGCGCUUGAGAGCACGGUUGAAGAAACGGCUGUGCGCUUCGAUGGGGACGUCACGGAUGAGUUACUUAUGGCUUAUGUGCGCACCCGGGAGGGUGCGGACAAGGCUGGUGGGUAUGGCUUGCAGGGUCUAGGCAGUAUUCUUGUUGAGAAGGUUGAUGGGAGUUAUGAUAAUGUUAUUGGGAUGCCGCUUAAGGCUACGCUUAAGCUUAUUGAGACUGUUAUGGCUAGGGCAGAUGAUGAGGAGGGGAUUCCUGGGGAUGGGGAGGAUAGUGAUGAGUUGGAGUGA